AUGAAGCUAGAUAUAUCGUGCUUCUGCUUUCUGUCGAGAAAUGAGUACCGAGUAUUGACAGCGAUUGAAAUGGGCAUGCGAAAUCAUGAAUAUUUGCCCGUAUCAUUAAUAGCAAGCAUAGCAAAUUUAAGGAAAGAAGGUAUAACAUCUGUUCUGAAAAAAUUAUUAAAAAAUAAAUUGAUAAGUCAUGAAAAUAGAACAUAUGAUGGGUAUAAAUUAACAUAUUUAGGAUACGAUUUUUUGGCCUUACGUGCUUUUCUAAAUAGAGGAAUUUUAAAAAGUGUAGGGAAUCAAAUAGGAGUAGGAAAAGAAUCGGAUAUAUAUAUAUGUAAAGAUAUAAAUGAUAAUUUAUUAUGUCUGAAAAUACAUAGGUUAGGUAGAAUAUCUUUUAGAACAAUAAAAAAUAAUAGAGAUUAUUAUGGGAAAAAAAAAUUUAGAAAUUGGUUGUACUUAUCAAAAAUUGCAGCAACAAAAGAAUAUACAUAUUUAAAAGCAUUAUAUGAAAAUAAUUUUCCUGUACCUAAACCAUAUGAUCUAAAUCGGCACAUGAUUUUGAUGUCAUAUAUAAAUGGUUAUCCCUUAUCACAUGUUAAGAUAAGUAAUCCUUUUAAAGUUAUAGAUUUUUUAAUAAAUACAAUAAUAAAAUUUGCUAAAGCAGAUAUUAUUCAUGGAGAUUUUAAUGAGUUUAAUAUUUUAAUUGAUGAUGAUGAAAAUAUAACGAUUAUUGAUUUCCCUCAAAUUGUUUCCUUACAUCAUGAGAAUGGAAAAACAUAUUUCGAACGAGAUGUUAAAUGUGUUAUAAAUCACUUUUUUCGGAAAUAUAAAAUUAAAAUUGAAGAUUACCCUUUAUAUGAAGAUGUCAUAGGACUAACUAAUCAUAAAAUUGUUUCGGAAGAAGUAAAUGUUUCGGUUAAUGAGGAUGAUAUGCUUUUACAAAUUUUGCAGAAUGAUAAGUCGUACUCUUGCUCUAGUUACUCGGAGGGGAAUGCAAACUGUUUUGUGCAGUACGAGGAUGGGUACUCGUCACUUGGCAGUGUUGAAGAGGAGGAAGUACAGGAAGAGGAAGAAAAAGAAAAAGAAGAAGAGGGAGAAGAUGAAGACGAAAUAAGGAAAGAUAAAGAAAGGAACCCCGAAAAGUAUGGAAGUGGGAAAAGUCAAACAGACGAAGGAGACAAAACAAAUGGGGAAGAUAAAACCACCGAGGAAUAUGAUAUAAGCUGGAAAGACUACCUGGACAAACUUCAUAUAGCACGUACAAUGAAAAAGGAAGUUGAUAAAUUAGGAGAGAAUAACACUCCUUCAUUUCAUUCCCCUCAAAUAUCAGAAGGUGAUUUUAAGGACGCGUACGAAUGUACGAAUGAUAAGGAAGAGGAAAACAUAAAAAUAGAAAAGAGAGAGGAUAAUAUAGAUGAAGAUUUUUCUAAAGGUUCUUGUGAAAGUCAAGAAAAAGUUUUCGAGUUAACAACUGAAGAGAGGGGCAUACCAGAGCAAAUGAAAAAGGCAAAGGGAGAUUAUACUCAGGAAGUUGAAAAGGUACCAACUGAGAAAAGAACAUGUGAAGUUGAUGAGGGAAGUUACGAACGGGGUGACAGUUGUGAUGAUGACAAAUGCUACUAUGGCAAAUGUGAGAAUGAUAUUUGCCAAGCUAAUGACAUCCAUAUCAUCGAUGAAGUCGAUAAGGGGGAGGAGCAAAACGAUGAAAAGAUAAACAAAUUUGUCCAAGAGGAAGAAGGGAGCAAAACGAAAGAGCAGAUUAGCCAAACGGAAGACUAUGACGAAAGGAGUUCCUAUAGCGAUAAUAUUAGUUUAAGCACAAACGAUUGUGACGAGAGUAGCAUAACGGAAUAUUCAAGCUGCGAUUCGCACAACAGCCUUUCUGAAGAUACAACAAAAAAACUGUCCGAUACAUGGAAACCGCACAUAAAGAAAUAUACAAAGGAGUACGUAAAAAGUAAACUGAAAUAUAUGCACAGAAAAAAAAAGAGCAGAGAAAAGUACAAGGAAAAUUUAAAAACGAAGAAUAAAAAAAAAGUGAUGGAGAAAAUUAAAAAUUACUUAUAA